UUCAAGCAAAAAAAAAAAAAAAAAAAAAUUCCAACGAAAAACGUGAAUUUUCUUGAUCGUCCUUGCAGCUUUCUCUAACUGACUGACCAUUAUUCUGAUGGUCAUUUUAUCGCUUUGUUGUCACAUUACUGUCGGGCUCGCCCCCUCAAAAGUGAGCGAUCAAUAUGACAUCAAAAAUUAUUACAAAGCUGAAAAGUAAGAGGGGCAUCCAUGAAUCCCACAGCUUUCUCCAAAACGUCUUUCAUAUACUUCUAAAAUACAGGCAAAUGGGACAUUGAUUUUGGAUUCAUCAGCGGCCCGGCUGGCUGUGGCACUACCCGUGAUUUCCCCAGGCGCUCUUUUGUGCCAAAGAUCAGUGUCAAUAAAAUUCAUUGGGGUGUUGGCCCGAUCAACAUGUUAUUGAACAGCCAAUCUCUCCUCUAAAUAAACACUUGUCUUUGAGCACUCAACACACAUGAGAUGGAGAUUGUAUGUGUGUGUGUGUGUGUGUGUGUGUGUGUGUGUGCGCGCGUGCGUUUAUGUAAGAUUUUCAAAAGCACUUAUUUCACUUUUGAUCAGAAUCAAUAUUGUACACAUUGCUCCAUAAGCAAGUAUAUUAAAUUCGUAAAACAAUCACUUUUGUUCACAAAAGUACCUGAAUAUAAUAAUAAUAAUAGCGACAAACCAAACGGUGAUAUUCUUUAUCUUCUUCCAAGUGUAAAAACACUUGCAGCUGUCUGUAAAAUAGAGCGAUUACAGUAUUUGAGAGUAAAAAAAAAUGCUGGGCCACUGCUAUAUUUAUUUUUUGCAACAACAACAACAAAAAGUGAAUUAAUUAAAGGCAGCCCAAGACAAGGAACUGUGUUCCAUAGGGGCCCAAUCUCCCCUUUACGCAUGGCAGUACUGGAAUCUGAAUUACAAAUAGAUCCGAAUCCUAGUUAGAAACCACUUUGGUCGAUUUACAUAAUACAUCAACAACAAGAUUUCUUUUUAGAUUUUUUUUUAGAGGUUGUAGAUGUAGUUCGUUCUGUAGUUCUCAAAUACUCAUGGCAUCACUCCAAUGUCAACGCUGCGAUAUUUAACACUUUGUUCUGACUAAAUGCAUGGGCUUCUUACUCAAAACACUGAAGACAAUAUUACUAACUAAGCAAUAUUAAAAGUGUAAUCUGAAUUAGUUGCAGAAUAUUUUCCAAUAACUGGGUUUUCAAAACUGCAAUACCAUGAACACUCUGUUUUCCUUUUCCUUUAAUGUAUGAUUCAGCAAAAACAACAUAACACAAAUCCAUCACAAUAUGUGAGAAUUAAUUAUUUUAAAGUUGGAGAAAAACGUGACGCGUUUUCGUGUUAUUUGGAGCAAUAGGCUAGACUAAUUGUGCGUAUCAGAGUAACGUUACCACCCAACACUGAACCUCCUGUUUAUUCCUCUUCCGGGAAAGGUACUCUCAGUGGGUGAUGUUAAUCUACCUCCCUGUCGCCCAGGAAACGGAGCAGCGUAAUCCUGCACAGGCUUCAACACAGUGAAGCAUAAAAGCGAACUCCACUCGCACGCUCGUGUUCGCCAUUGGGGCUCCUGAUACACAAAUUUGACAACACCUGCCUGGUGUGUAUGAGUGUGGAUGGGUCACAAACAAGAGUUGUAUAAAUGUAAGCGUAAAAUCAUGAGCAAUGGAUGGACAUAGUGAGCGCAACUCUCCAAAAGAGGCACCAAAUAACACGGAGAUGCCCCUUGCUGUGCUGUCGCACAGUGAGGAGCUGCGGAAAGAAAUCCCAGUAUGUGCAGGCUGCAAUCAACACAUCGUGGACCGCUUCAUCCUCAAAGUGCUGGAUCGCCACUGGCACAGCAAGUGCCUGAAAUGCAGCGACUGUCAGGCGCAACUGUCGGAGAAGUGCUUCAGCAGAGGCGACAGCGUCUACUGCAAAGAGGAUUUCUUCAAGAGAUUCGGGACCAAAUGCGCAGCCUGUCAGCAGGGGAUCCCGCCCACACAGGUGGUGAGGAGAGCGCAGGACUUUGUCUACCACCUGCACUGUUUUGCCUGCAUCGUGUGCAAAAGGCAACUGGCCACAGGCGACGAGUACUAUCUGAUGGAGGACAGCAGGCUGGUGUGUAAGGCCGAUUACGAGACCGCCAAGCAGAGAGAAGCAGACUCUACUGCAAAAAGGCCACGAACUACCAUCACUGCUAAACAGCUGGAAACACUGAAGAACGCUUACAAUAACUCUCCCAAACCUGCCCGUCACGUCCGGGAGCAGCUAUCAUCAGAGACGGGCCUGGAUAUGAGGGUUGUGCAGGUUUGGUUUCAGAACAGGCGAGCUAAAGAGAAAAGGCUGAAGAAAGAUGCCGGUCGGCAGAGGUGGGGCCAGUAUUUCCGCAACAUGAAGAGGUCACGAGGAAGCUCCAAAUCCGACAAGGACAGCAUUCAGGAGGAGGGCAUGGACAGUGAUGCCGAGGUGUCUUUUACAGAUGAACCACCCAUGUCAGAGCUUGGCCUCACUAAUGGCAUCUACAGCAGCCUGAGUGAGUCCUCUCCAGCCAUGGGGGGCCGCCAAGGGGGCAACAACCACAGCUCGUUCCCCCUGGAGCAUGGCGUUCUUCCCUCUCAAGACCAGUUCCACGACAUCCGCUCCAACAGCCCCUACGGCCUCCCUCAGUCGCCAGGGUCGCUUCAGGCGCUACCCAGACACCAGCCUCUCGUCUCCAGCUUGGUCUACCCCGACUCCGGCCUUUCUAUCAUGACCCAGGGCAGCGGGCCCGGGAUCAACCCUGGUGUGAGGGGCUCCAUGAGUGCCGCCAACGGCCCCAGCUCGGACAUCUCGACUGGCAGCAGCGGAGGAUACCCAGACUUUCCUGCCAGCCCUGCAUCCUGGUUAGAUGAAGUGGACCACGGGCAGUUUUGAUUGG